AUGUGGCGGACCAGCCCCGGACGAGAUCCACGGAUUCAUCUUGAAUGCUUUCGCAAUUGCAUCCUUUCAUGUCGCAAUAGUCUGAAGCCCUCUGCCAAAUCCCGUCGUUUUGGAUAGCUUGGAAAUAGCGCGCCGCCCCGCAGUAUGUCCUACCACUGCUACCACCCAUCGGAACCGGACAGCUUGCCCGAGCCCGUCGAUCUCUCCCACCAUCUAUCGCGCAGCACCCGAGCUCGCGAAGCCUCGAGCGUCAAGAAGUUCUACAAAUACUUUAGCAUUCCUGGCAUUGCUCAGUUAGCAGGAGGCCUCCCGAACGACAAGUACUUCCCCUACGAUACACUUGAAGCCAAGGUCGCGCAUCCUAAUCGCUGGACACCCACGCCCAACAAGCCCGUCGACCCUCCCACCGCCGAGUUAGCCUCGACCUCCAUAUCCUCGUCUAACAAUGAUCCGCCCGCGUCUCGUCUCGUCGUGCCGCACGACUCGGGAAUGCCAGAUCCCUUACGCAUGAUUGAUCUAAAGUCAGCGCUACAGUAUGGCACUGCUCAGGGCUACCCGUCACUAUACUAUUUCAUUCGCCAAUUUACGCGAAACCAUCUCCAUCCAUCCAUUCCAUAUAAAGACGGGCCAGAAGUGAUCUUGACCUGUGGUUCCACAGACGGCUUCUCGAAGAGCGUCCAAGCCUUGUGCAACGAGUGGUCGGAAGACCACGAUCCUAUCGACGAGAAGCCCGGGCUGUUGGUAGAGCAAUAUUGCUACAUGAACGCGGUACAAACAGCUAAACCGCGAGGUAUGAACAUCGUGCCGGUAGCCAUCGACGACGAGGGAAUGGUCGCGAAAGGCAAGGGAGGGCUUGAAGAUGUGUUGGAGAAUUGGGAUUCCACGCGAGGCCGCCGACCUCAUCUGAUGUAUACUGUUACUAUUGGCCAGAACCCGACGAGCGGCACCCUGAGUGUUGCUAGGCGGACCGAGAUCUACGCGCUCUGCGUGAAGUACGACAUUAUCAUCAUUGAAGAUGACCCCUACUGGUACCUGCAGUUCCCGUCGGCGUCCCCAAGUAUGACAGUUCCGAAACCGGUUAAAUCGUCCGGUUUUGAAUUCCUCGAUUCGCUCAUCCCUUCGUACCUUUCGCUCGAUUAUGAAGGCCGUGUGGUGCGUUUGGACACUUUCUCCAAGACCGUGGCACCGGGCUGUCGGCUCGGCUGGAUUACAGCUCAGCCCGCUCUAGUGGAGCGCAUCCUUCGCAUCACAGAAACAAGCACCCAACAACCUUCCGGAUUCGUGCAGUCGAUGAUUGCAGAGCUGGUCAUUGGCCCCCAGGGCUCGAGUGAUCCCGGCAAGGGUGGAGCAGCAGACGGUAGCGGCUGGAAGGUUGACGGAUGGGUCCGCUGGCUCGAGGGCCUCCGCGGGAACUACGAGCGUAGGAUGAACGCCAUGUGCGACGUCCUAGAUGCAAACAAAUACGUGCUCAAGGCCGGCCGCCGGAAAUCCAUCACCGAAGUCGCAGAGGAUGAAGACGAGUGGGCCGUUGUUGAGAAGACAAGGAUGUACGAUUUUGUGCGACCCUUGGGUGGUAUGUUCGUUUGGGUGCGCUUCGACUUCUCCCUCCAUCCUUUGCGCAAGCAAGUUUCAGCGCCUAGGUUAUCGCAGGCAUUCUGGGUGCUCUUGACCACCAAGCCUUAUUUGUGCCUCAUCUCGCCCGGCGCACUGUUUGCGCCCACAACGGAAGUUCGGGAGAGCGACUCUUUCAACUGCUUCAGACUCUGUUUUGCAGCGUGUCCUGAGGAGGAGAUCACAGCCAUUUCGAGGAGGUUUGCCAACGGAGCGCAGGCAUUCUGGCGCAUCAAGAGCAAGGAGAAGAUUGACAAGCUGCUAGAGGAGGAUGAGGGCAUUGGGAGGGUCGAUGCCGGAUUGGCACUCCUUACGGGCAUGUGCUAAACAUGGGUCCUACUCUCGGGAAGCGUGUGGCUCGCGGGAUUCGGAUAACGGUCACAAAACGGAGACCAUCCCCGGGAAGUAAAUGCAUAGAGGAAUACAAGCGCAGCGUCAGUAAAUAUGCAAGGAUAUGCGUAACGGAUUUAUCGGACUCAUGGCUGGAAAUUGGUACGCACGUAGCAUCGCAAAUGGAUUUUUAGAUGCAACUUUUCCACUUACCACGCGUACACUUA